CUGUCCACAUCACUUGCAAGCUAUAAUAAUUUGAACCUAAAAGUUUCAUUUGUUUCUCAACUGUUAAAUUUAACUUUGUAGUAUUUUUUUCUUGUAAGGUUCAGUACAUUCUCUUUGCCUGCCACGCUUCAACAUCGAGUCUUGCUCAAAGGUCUCUCCGCCUUGUAGCAGACGCAACAGAGCGACGUGUGACAACCACGACAUCGGUGUUUGAAAUCAUUUGAUGUGGAAGAUGAGUAUGUCUUCAGUUUCACUGCUAGUGCGUGUGUCACCGUUACUACUUCUUCUGGCGAUUAUCAUUGGAAUCAUUACAAUGCAACCUGAUGAAAAGCCCGAGGACGAGUUAGCGGAACACGAGGGGAAAGACUUGAAAACGAAUAGAGGGAACAACUUUCAGAAAAUAACGUUCACAAAACCCACUCUUACCGAAGAAGAUGAACAUGGAUUUCACAUGCCUGCUGCCUUGAAGUGUGAUGCCUGCAGAAUUAUUUCUUACAAACUUACUGAUAAAUUUGAGAAGGCACAAGCAAAAUUCAAGAACCCCACAAAACACCUUUCAGAGUCGGAUGUCAUAAGUAUUGUUGAGACUGUCUGUGACGACAAAUUUGACUCAUAUGGUGUUAAGGAGGUUGAUGGAGUUAAACGCUUGUCUGGACCAGGGCUAGAGACAGCCGAUGUUCCAGGACUGAUGCAGGGGGGAGGCCCUUGGUCAGUCAGGUUGCAGACGAUGUGCAGAGAGUAUGUGGGAGAGGUUGAUGAGGAGGCAAUGUAUACUGCUUUUCUUCACAAGUCAUCACUAGAAAAGAUUCUAUGCCAAGGAGGGGCCAUGCUGGGGGCCUGUAGCAAAGUGAACACUGCAUCAAAAACAAAGAAGAACAAAAGAGAUGAUUUUUAACUUGCUGUGAUAUAUCCCAGAUUUAUGGCAGCCAUAAAACAUAGUUGAGUAUUACACCUUCAUGGCUUAGAUUGUCUCUCUUAUGCUUUUUUUUUUUUUUAAUAUCGCUAUUUUUAUGCAGUAAGACGCAGCUGCAUGAGGCCUAUUACAUUUGUCCCAUUCAAUUAAUUUUUUACAUACUAAAGCAUAAUUUGCUUUUGUUAAUUUGGUUUCCUAUGGAUUUUUUAAGAUAUGCAGUGUUUAAAAGAUAGCAUGAAAAUCAAAAUGUCCAUUGCCUGUACUAACACUUGAUGGAACACUCCAGGCAGCUUUAAGACUAAUCUAAGUUUAUGGCAGGAAAGAACGAUUUCAUCCAAGGAAGGAAGGUAAGGAGCUCAUGCAGUUCUGCCCACCCUAGCGGUCAUUCUUUGCUAAUUGCUUCCAUCUGGCCUGACAAGUACCUUCACUUCCCUCUGUUAUAUGAAAUCCAUUCUUUCCUGCUGAACAGUGAAAGUUUGGUCCUUAUCAUCACUUGCUGAGUUGUUUAUGUUCAAAAUUUGAGGUUUUGAAAAAACAUUUACUUAGCUGUGCAUGUGCACCACAGCUCAGAGCUGGCUCACAGACAUUACCAUGUUUUCUUGUUGAGUGAUAUCUUUGGCACCCUACUGACUUAAGAGUUCUUUUUUACUCUCCUAAAAGCAUUGGCGUCUUAGAUUUGGAGACUGUGCCAUAAAAUUUCGAAACAGCACUGCAAUGAAAAGUUAAAUGAACUGGAGAAUACUGUCCUGACAUACAGCUUUAGUAUGGAAGGUGUAUGCUUGAUAUUGCAGUAAUUGUCAAAAUAAUGGUUGGGCCAGUGAUUUCUGCAUGUGAAACAGGAAAAUGCCGUUGCAAAAUUGAGCUGCAUUUUGCAUCUGUUACAUCGAGUCCAGUUGUAGUGGAGGAAGAUUUUUUUUUUUUUUGCAGACCCAUGAACAUGUCAGUACCCUGAGCUCACCCUUUUUUUUUAUUUUCAGAGGUCAGAAGUUGGCUGCAAACAUGAAUCUCUUUACAUCCUUCCCUCAAACUUUGUCUUUAUGAAGAUUGCAAAGUUUCAGUGCUGACAGAUUGCAAGCUAUAUCUUUUCAAAGAUUGCAAAGUUUCCGUGCUCACAGAUUGCAGGCUGUGAUGCAAAACUUCUAACAGUACCCUAGUAUCAAUUUAUACUUUACUUGCCAAAUGGGUUCAACUACAUCAGGAACCUGGAUCAAUUGUUUUCCUUCACACAAGAGUAUGCAUAAAUAGUGGCCUCCAGGAGCUGUGUUUUGGAAACUGUUGCAAAUGUUUGGGGUGGGGGUUGUUGUUUGUUUUUGGCAGCCUGAUGUUGAAAACAGAAAUAUUUCAGGAAGGAGUCUUAUUAAUUAAGCCAAACUUGCUAGUUCCCAUGAUGUUCCCCUUGAGUCUCAUUAAAACUCCAUCCAUCUAGAAACCUAAGCAGCUGCAUGUUAAGUAAAAGUUGUUUGUUUUUGUUUUUUUUCUUUAAAGUUCAGCACUAAAGAAGUAAUAACUUCUGAGGACCGAAAAUAUUCACAAACUGCCCUUUUUGUCCAACACAAAUUAGCUGUAUCAUAUUUUCCAAAAUGGAUGCUUGAACACCAGUGUAUUUUCCACUACCAUGUUAAAACCUGGAAGCACAUCCUACUACAGAUUUGUUGAUCCAGUCCUUUUCAUUUAUUGUUGAUAAGAACCAAUUAUCAUUUGUGUUUUUAAGCAUCCUGUGAUAUUAUCAAUGUUACAUUGCCUUCUUAAGCCCCCUGUUAAAAUGAACAUCUAUGAAAUAACCAUCCACUGUUUGAUAUUUUCACACUGUGCUGUAUGUCGUAGAGGAUUUUUCUAGUACUGUGCCUGUUGUUUUUAACUCUGUACUUUGAGUGCUGCUUUUAGUUCAGUUUGAAACAUUCUUUGCAGCCAAUCUUCUCCAUGCCUCUCACAAGUCACUGUAAGUUCAGUUUAAAACAUUUUCUACAGCCACUACUCUCCAAUCCUCUCAUAGAGUCACUGUGUCUGCUGACCUUGUCCUGGAGCACCUUAUGAACUCUUGGUUAGCUCCCCAUAGCUGCCUGUCUUUCAUGUCGUCAACAAAUCGGUCAGUCAUUUCCAGUUUAUAUCAUACAGUUUUUUUACACAAUUACUGUUAUUUGAGUUUUAGAUGCCAGCUGCAUGAAGACUCCCACCCUUGUUUUAUGCCUUGAACUGUUUACAGUUAGGAGCACUUUCUUGAAUUCGACUUAAAAUUUUGUAUAUUUGCCCAUAUUUGCCUGUCUGGGUUCUUUGUGUGAUUUGUCAACAUUAAGAUUGCUGCGAGACAGUUGCUUUGAUCAGUUUAAUUUUUCCUUAAAUUUACACAUUCAUUGAAUGAACACAAAUAAAAAGAGCUAAAUCAAUGUUAACUGCUUAAUGUUCAUGUUAUUGUGCUAUGCAGAUGCAUGGUGUUAUAUCUUUAUUUGCUUUUGUUAUUAAUAUUAACUGUGCAUCUAAAAAAACAUUAUUGAAAAUUAUACUGUUAUCUGCAUACUGGUAAUUAUGUUGUUAUCUUUUAAAUUCAUACAUUUCUGCAGUCAGCAGAGAAAAUUAUGCAAGGACAGAAUAAAUUGUUUUUUCCGUGUACCUAAAGCGAAGCAUGAACAAGUUCUUAACCUCCUCAGAAAUGUUGAAGACAUUGAUACCUUAUUACAUCAGUGAUAUGUCUCUGAAUAUGUCUCUUGUAUGUUUGCAAAGAUGGCCACUCUAUCAGGUAUGGCCGUAGUCGUGCACUAGGAUGUUUGUACUUACAAAUGUAUCGUGUAUUCCUAGAUGGUAAUCAAGCUUUGAAUCCUUCCAAUAAAUGGUUUGCUCUAGAGAAGAGUUAGACUCUGAAAGGCAAAGGUGGGUAAAAACUGCCUGACAGAACUUUGAAGAAAAUUACAGCUUGAUGGUUGUGAUGAGAAAUGCUGACAGUAUCAGGUGUAUUGUGCUAGCAUAUCUUUGUACUGUGUGAAUUCAAUAGCAAGACACAAGUGUAUAUAUUCAGUAACACUAGAAGGUGAUUGUACCUUUAUUUACAGUUUUCUUCAGCACAAUACACUGUUAGAAAUGUGUAUGUUUUCAUAUACAGCUGCUUGUUUAUUUCAAGUCCUCGCAUUGUUCUUUCCACGUCUUUGUUACUAUUUUAUGAUCUUGUUCAGCGCAAGGAGUCUGCCUUUAGCUGAGAAAUUUCGCUUUAUUACAUUAAAUACACAGUAUUCAGAAUGAAAAACUAUAUUUUUAUGUACAUUGAAUGUAUUUACGUGACACAUCUACAAUGUUUGCUAAUGAGAUUCUCAGGGCUUUAUCCAUUUGUAUAGCGUCUCAACUACCUCCUGUAAGACUUUAUAAGGUCCUUGUACUCAGCUUUGGAGCAAAACAUGACAUUUUGAGGUUUACUCUGGUCUGUGACUGGAAAAUGUCUCUUGUUACCCAUCAGCGAUGGAUACCUGAUUGAUCAAGUCAAAAGUUAUAGAACGAGAGGAUUGGUUUCCUUCUUCCAGAUGCUGUGGCCUUAACACAGUGAGGUUGUUGAAGCUUUUUGCUAAUAAUGAUGUCAAAUGUUUGCCCUGAUACACAAACUCAAACCUGGGCAGUUAUCCCUCUAUUUCAGAAAGCUGUCUUUCUUUGAGUUUAAAGCAAACUUGCACGUCAUGAUGCAAAAUGUCUGUUUUAAGGUCUGCUGACUGCCUUUAAUGUUUUUGUGGUUGUCUUAUUUGACUGCUGAUGUUGACUUACACUCAUGUUAUGACUUAUUAGGUGAGAGACAGUUAAGGAUUGUGUCAUUAUUGAAAAAAACAUUCCAUUUGAUGUACACUUUAUUGUUAAAAUGAAAAGAUUCAUGAGUUGCUGAAUAAAAUUAUGUAUAACCUCAUUGGA